AUGCAGAGAGGGAAGCCCUACAGAGCACCGCCUACCGUAGUACAGACCUUCUGCCAGAAGCACGGCCUGAUGUCCGAGGUGGUUGAUCUGACUUGUAUUCGGAACACCGAGGCCACCAACCACAUGACCACGGAACUCUGCUUGGAGGAGCUUGACUGGUGUCGGAAAACAUCCAUAGGACCAGCUUUUGUUGCCCUCGUAGGUGACCAGUACGGCCCCCGUCCCGUCCCCUCGCUGAUCGAGGAAAAGGAGUGGGAGGCGCUGGAAGCUCAGCUGAGCUCCAGGCCACGUGACCUGGAGCUGGCGGCACGACGCUUCCGGACAGAUGAGAACGCCGUGCCCCCCACCUACCUGCUGCAGACCCUGGGCAGCGGGGAGGCCCGUGGGCCCGAGGAGGCCACCCUGACCUCUGCACUGCGCUCUGGUGCCCGGGAUGCCCGCAGGCUGGGCCUCAUCACCCAGGAGAAGCGGCACCGCUACCACCGGUCAGUUAUCAAGGGGGAAAUAGAACGGGGCCUGCUGAGCUCAACAGACGGGGACCAGGGGGCGACCGUCUUCCUGAGAGAUACCCAAGACCUCAACAAACACAUCCUGGAGGUCUGUGCCCUCAAGAUGGUGGACCAGCUUGCAGCCGGUUGCCUGGACACAGAUGCCCAGAACCUUCUCAGCAGCCUCCAGGAGCGCAUCGCUGACAUGCAGCCCGGAGUUCUCAAGGCCCACCACCUGGCAUGGAGCCGAGACCUGAUGGACCCCCCAAACAAGGCUCAUGGCCGGUACCCGAAGGAGCUGGGGGAGCAGUUUGUGGCCAGGGCUAACCAUCAGGUCCUCGAGUGCCUCCAGAAACUGGAGGCAGGCAGGCAGGAGUUAGCAUGGCUCUAUCAGGAGAUCCGCCACCACCUGGGACUCAGUGCCGAGGCCCCCCGGACCUUCUGUGGGCGCCAGGAGCUCCUAACCCAGCUGGGGCAGCGGCUCCAGCAGAGCGACGGCCACCCCCACCGACCCCUGGUGCUUUUUGGACCCCCGGGCAUCGGAAAGACUGCUCUGAUGUGCAAGCUGGCUGAGCAAAUGCCAGGGCUGCUUGGCCACAAGACAGGGACCGUUCUGCGGCUUCUGGGGACGUCACAGAUGAGCUCCGACGCCCGAGGCCUGCACCAGAGCAUCUGCUUCCAGAUGUGUCUGGCCUACGGGCUACCCCUGCCCCCUGCCCAGGUCUUGGAGGCCCACACCAGGGUGGUCCAGUUUUUCCACACCCUCCUCCACACCGUCUCCUGCCGAAACUUUGAGUCCCUCGUGAUCCUGCUGGAUUCAGUGGAUGAGGUAGACUCUGUCCACCGUGCUCGGAGGGUCCCCCGGCUGCCUCCCAAGUGCCCCCCGAGGGUCCACCUCAUCCUCUCGGUCUGCUCAGGACAGCGGGGGGUUUUAGACGCUAUGCGGCAGGUGCUCACGGACCCAGGUGCUUACUGGGAGGUGAAACCCCUCUCUGGAAACCAAGGGCAAGAGAUGGUUCAGCUCCUGCUGGCCGCCUCGAGGAGGACACUCAGCCUGAUGCAGAGGGACCUGCUCUGGGCCAGCCUCCCGGAUUGUGGGCACCUGGGGCGGCUGAGGUUGGCCUUCAAGGAGGCCCGGAAAUGGGCCUCCACUGCUAAGGAAGCGAUGCACCAGCUGUGUGCCCGCCUGGAGCAGAUACAUGGGCCGCUCCUGCUGGCCCGAGUGCUGGGCUACAUUGUGUCUUCCCGACAGCUGGCCGAGGUGGUCCGAUAGCGUUACCUGUCCUGGCCCGAGAAAGCCAAGAGUCACGGAGUCUUGGCCGACUUCUUCUCAGGGAGCUGGAGCCAGGGGACCAAGAAACUCAUCACCCUGCCACUUGUGGGGAAACCCCUGAACCUGGACCGCAAGGUGGCCCCUCAGCCCCUGUGGUUCUCAGACACGGUUGCAAACCUGCGGAAGCUGAAGGAGUUACCCUACCACCUGGUCCACUCAGGCCGCAUCGAGGAGCUGCAUUGGGAGGUGCCGAGCAGCAUCAACUGGAUUUCCUGCCGGGGCAUCUCCGGGGGCAUUGAGGGUCUGUUGGAUGACUUUGACCUGUGCGCCCCUCACGUGGACUGUCCUGAGGUCAGCCUGGUCCGGGAAGCCCUCCAGCUGUGCCGCCGGGCAGUGGAGCUCCGAGGCAUGGAGAGAAGCAUCCUGUAUACAGAACUCCUGGCCAGACUCUAUUUCUUCGCCACCUCACAUCCGGCGCUGGUGGGACAGCUAUGCCAACAGGCACGGAGCUGGUUCUGGAUGUGCCCACACCCUGUGCUGGUGCCCCUCAGAGGAUUCCUCCAGCCCCCGGGAGGACCCCUCCGGGCAACCCUCACCGGCUGUCACAAAGGCAUCACUGCCAUGGCAUGGAGCCUGGAAGAGAAGCUGCUGGUGGUUGGCACCCAGGAGGUCAUGGUAGCUGUGUGGGAUAUGGAAGAACAGCAGGUGAUCCACAUCCUACCUGGACACACAGGAGAGGUGAGGUGUGUGAAGGUGUUUGCCAAAGGAUCGCUUGCCAUCUCUACCUCGAAGGAUCACACCCUGUGCUUGUGGAACUUACUCUCUGGCCAGGAGAAAUUCACCAUUUGGGAUGGAGUCUCAAAAGAUCCCACUGAACCUCAGAUCUCGAGCCUUCAUGUGGAUGAAGCAAAGAAGGUUGUGUAUUCAGCAUCUAGCUCAAAGGUCAAUGCUUGGAAUUUGGAAACUGAAGAGCUGAUUUUCCGUAUCCUGGGGGAUGCCUCUGACCCCUGGGUGUGCACCGCAGUGCUGGCUUCCAGGGCCACACUGCUGACGGUGUCGCAGGGUGGCGUGGUCAGCCUGUGGAGUUCAGCCACAGGAACACUGCAAAGGAAGCAACAUUUGUCCAGCAUCAAAGAAGAAACAGUUACCUGUGGGGUCUCAGUCCAGAAACAAAGAAAGAUGGUGACCGGGUCCAGCAAGGACUCCAUCUCUUUGGUUUCCUCCGAAGGAGACAGCCUGCUGGAGAAGCUUCCAGAAGCCGUGGGGUUCCUGGUGGUCUCUGAAGAUGAGUCCCUUCUCGCUGCAGGUUUUGGAAGAUCCAUGCAGAUAUUCUUGGCAGACUCACAGGGGUUUCAUCGAUUCAUGGUCACCGACCUUGAACAUGAAGACACGGUGGAGACGGCCAUUUUUGGUCCUGAAAACAAUCUGAUUGUCACCGGGUCCCGGGAUGCACUCAUUCAGGUGUGGAGUCUAUCAGAGCAGGGGAGUCUGCUAGACGUCUUGGAAGGCGUCGGGGCCCCUGUGAGCCUGCUGGCCCGGGGUGGGCCCUUGGUGGCAUCUGCUUCCCAUCAGUCCUCACCUUUUAAAGUCUGGGAUCUCACCUAUGCUCAGAAGCCAAGGGCCUCUACCCCGUUUCUAGACCGCACUGGCCUCACUGCAGUGUCACACAAGGGAAGCUAUGUUUACUUCCCUAAAAUUGGGAACAAAAACAAAGUCACCAUCUGGGACGUGGCAGAAGGCAAGGAGCAAGAUGCCCUGGACACCUCUAAUGAAGUCAGGUGUCUGGAGGUCGCUGAGCAGGCCAAUCUCCUUUUCACCAGCCUCGUUUCAGGGAUCGUCCUGGUGUUCCCCCUGAAUUCCAGACAGGAUGUGAUGUGCAUCUCUCCUCCAGAAGCCCGGAAAGCCAUCAACUGCAUGGCCCUUAGUAAGGACGAGGGGCACCUGGCCAUCGCCUAUGACAACAUCGUCCUGGUGCUGGACAUCAGCCCCGGGGACCCCUGUCCAGUCAUCAACAGGCCAACCUACACCUUCUAUACCCAGCUGCCUGACACCAUAGCAAGUGUGGCUGUUCUGGCCGACUACCACGUGAUCUAUGGCAUGACCAACGGAGACCUCUUCCUUUAUGAAUGUGCGAAUUCCAAGGUGUUCCCUCUGGAGGCCCACGGGAGCCAAGUCACCUGUGUGGAGGUCAGCCACAAAGAGCAGCUGGCAGUCAGUGGGUCCGAGGAAGCCCUGCUGUGUCUCUGGGACCUUCAGGCGUGCAAGUGGAAAUUUGAGAUGAGCUACACGAAUUCUUACUGUAGAGGAGUUCAAUGUGCUUGCUUCUCCAAGGAUGACAAUUACGUCUACGCAGGCUUGAAAGAUCGCUCCAUAAUCGUCUGGAGUGUGCUGGAUGGCACACUGCUGGCCAUCCAGUUUGUCCAUGCCGUGAUGAACAGAAUCAUCCCAACCUCCAAUGGCUUCAUUGCCCCCACCAGACAUGGCUAUCUCAUCCGUGAACGUUUCCAGUGCCCUUCGUCAAGAAUCUCACAACAGGACCCUCUCAAGAACUUCAAAAUAGUGUGGAUGGUCAAAUCCAGGCAGAGAGAAGAGCUGGCUGCUGCUGCAGGAGCACUCCAGGACUCGAGAUCAGGGAGUGCCCAGGGAAACGAAUCUAAAUCAAACAAAUGCUCACAAGUCUGCCUGCUAGUGUAA